AACAGCUGUCCAUUCAGAAAACGCUUCCAGUAAACCGGCUUCCACUCAUCUACAGGCACUUUCCACAGGGACCUCAGACCACACAAACACAGAAGAUCACCAGACAAGUUCACAUUUUAGACAGUUUCGACCUCAAAGGUAAGUAUUUAAUAUUAUUAUUAUUAUUAUUAUUAUUAAUUGCCAUGGACCCAUCCGAGAUGACGCACACUAUAGUUGUCACACCGGAGUCUGUUCUGCCUAUAGUGAACAGAUAUUUUGAGCGAAUCUCCGAAACACAGUGGAGUUUGUUAGCUGCAGAGACACUGGACUCAGGCACACAAGCUAUACUGAGUGACAUGAUGGCUGAAAUUGUUCAGUCAGUCUCUGCAGCCAUCCUGAAAAUGAUUUUAUCAAUGUUUCAGGACAACACUUCUCCAAAUGAUAUCCUAACAUAUUUGGAGAAUGUCCAACCUCUACUGGGAGACUCCCUCUCUGACAGCUUUGCCUCUGCUCUUCAGGUAACACAAGAGCAAUGUGAGAGUGCUGAAGAGCUGACAGAGAUGGUGGAGAGUGAAGUUGCUGCCAAGGUAAACUCUGCUCUAUCUGUGGUCAGCAACACCUCUGUUUGGCCAUCAAAGCCUGCCAUUUUUGUCUCUGGCUCUUUCUCCAACACAGCGUCUCUUCAUGACAUGGUGAUUCAUGCUGUCAAAUGUCUGAAAAGACUUUUAGGAAAGGUGAGCAGCCAGUGCCUGGGACUAUUUAGAAGGGAAAAGGUGUCUGAGUAUUUCCUAGAAAGAAGCUCUGAAUCUCCCAUACCUAUGCUUGUAAUAGCAGAGGCAGAGAGGUGUGAUUCAGCUCAGAGCGUAAAAUCUAGGAUCUCUGUUCCCUCUGCGACUCAGGCGGUGACCGACAUCCUCCUCAGAUGGUCUGGUAAGACACCAGAGAUGGAGCAAGAGGAGGAAAAUGUCAGUGCCUCUCUGGAUGCUCAUUUUGCAGCAGCAGACAUUGUCAGGACCAUAAAUAAGGACCUUUACUACACAGACGAUGGACCCUCUCCCUGCGGCAGUGAGAAAAGUACCUCAAUGAAGCCUCAUUUCAAUAUGGGGUUGAUCAUUAAUAAGGUAAAAGACUUUUUUCAGUCUUCAGAAGUUGAGAUCAGCCAAAAAGUUAAAAGCUCUAGCUUUUUGAAGUUUGCUCAACAGCAAUUUGAAAAGAUGAAGACAGAGCUCAGGGCCACAUUCACUGAAGAAGAUCAGUACUCCCUUGUCACAUUGCAAUCGUAUCCAGGUUCCCCCCGGCCUCGAUCUACACAAGAUGCAGGCAUUGAUCAGACUUGUGAUGAAUCUUUGCCAGGAGUCCCACAGUCUCCCAGGUGCCAAUCAGACCCUGAGACCUACAAGAGGCCAUUACGUACUGUGACAAAGCAGCAGUCUUCUGAAAUGGAUUUUGAGACCAUCAAAGGUGAUGUUGACUGCUUGUUCAACAAUCUAAUCCAGCAAGAGAAUUCAUCAGCAGGUGACCGCAAAACUGUGGGAAUUGCCAGUAGCGAGGUCAGGAAGUUCUCAAAGGAACUGACUGAUAAAAUGUACGAGCAAAUGAUGAUUGGCCUGAGAUAUCGGAUUCCCAGUGUUCAAACAGGAAGAUGUCUCUCUGACUCUGUCAUCUCUGUGGUCAGAAGGAAAGUGGAUUACAGUGGUUACAACUAUUCUCCUGAUAUUCUUUACGCCAUCACAGAAGACACAGUGGGAAAGUACUUGCAGCAGGUGCUUCUCUGGUUGGUGAAGUUAUCAGAAGAAGCAUGUCACAGCGACCAAGUAUCUGGUGCAGUCAAUGACAUCAAUGACUUAGUGACAAGAAUGAUGACCCCAACCCCAGAAGAAAACCAGAGUAAGGAAGAGGCAUCCCCUGAAGCCAUCUGCGGUCAGACUACAACACCCUUGGGUUCAAGUGAGGCAAAAAGACCUGAGCUUUCCUCACAGAGAAGCUUAGGGUUGGCAAAACAGACAAAGGACACGCGAGUUAAUCCUAAAUCUCCUCACAGCCAAAAACUUGGUUGGUUUGGUGCUCGCUCUCAGCGUUUCAGGCGCCAUGUUGAUAGUCGGGUUUUGAUUUUACGCAAAAUGAAGUCAAAGAAUACCUCAUCGACGGCAAGGAACUGCAUCACUGCUCUGCUCGAUAGGAUUCUUAUGAAAGCCCCUUGGAAAAGCAGAACCUCUGUGGCGAUGGCAGAUAUCAAGACCGUUGUCAAACGUCUGUCAGAACAGUUGGAGAACCUGCCAUGUUAUGUCAAGUUAACACAAGAGGACUUGGAAGAAUUCAACAGGGCUGUGAUGAAGGACCUUGAAAAUGAGUUUGGCUCUCAAGGGGAAAUAUUGAAAGCUGCAACUGCAUCGGACGAUAGAUCUUUUGAUGAGGCUGUUUUAAGCAGUCUGGAAAUCCGGCUGAAUUCCCUCCAAGGUCCAGACCCUGAAUCCAUCUGCAGUCAGACUACAACACCCUUGGGUUCAAGUCGGACAAAUAGCAUUAAGUCUUCCUCACAGAGAAGCUCAGGGUCGGCACAACAGAGAGGGCCGCAAGAAAAUUGUAAAUCACCUCGCAGCCAAAAAUCUACGUCCAGACGCAGUGAAAGUCAUCGCUCUCAGCAUGUCAGGAGCCAUGUUGAUAGUCAGGUUUUGACUUCAUGCAAAGAGAAGUGUUCACCAGCCUCACACCGCUCUCCUGCAGCAUCUUGUGCCAGUAAGAUGACCCACUCAGGAAAGUCAGAUGAGGUACUGUUGUCAACCAAUACCUCAUCUGAAUCAAGGUGCUUCCUCACUGCUCUGCUCACAAGGAUUCUUAUGAAAGCUCCUUGGAAAAGCAGAACCUCAGUGGCCAUGACAGAAAUCCAGAUGGUGGUCAAACGUCUGUCAGAAAAGGUAGAGGAGGAAGAGGACAUGCCAAGAUGUUCUGUCAGGACAACCCCAGAGGACCUGAAACAAUUCAGCAAGGCUGUAAUUAAGGACCUUGAAAAUGAGUUUGGCUCUCAAGAGGAAAUAUUGAAGGCUGCCACUGCAUUGGACGACACAUCUUUUGAUGAGGUUGUUUUAAGCAGUCUGAAAAUCCGGCUGAUUUCCCUCCAAAGUCCAGCCCCGAAGUCCAGAGUUGCUCGUUUUUUUUCAGCAGUUGGAAAAAAUGUAGCAAAGCCUUUCAGGUGGUUCAAGUCUUGCAGCUGCAUUGCCUAG